UAACUUUCUGUAUACGUUUCGUGCAGGACAUGAGCGCCAUUUUGCCUUGCCAGUGAAUCAUCGUAUCAUUACUGCUUAUAUCUCAGCAAAUACGUGACCCCCAGUGACACGCCCUUAGUGAUACAUCCAGGAGGGGCGUGGCAAGGCGUAUCACCAGCGAGAGACACGGUGACACAAAGGAAAGCAGAGAAAUUGGUCUAAAUAAUGGAGAGUGACGCGUUCCUUGAUUUUUUGUUAACUGCUGAUCCUUUUAACUUAGGCCUACCUUUAUCCUUAGGUCUACAGGAUGAAGGGGGGCCUUGUGAGGGGGAGAGGUCACAGCAGGGGGUCUCUGAGGGGUCACAAGUGGGUCAUAGUAUUGUGUUUGACCUCUCCAGGGAGUGUGACCUUGUAAGCAGUCUUGAUGUGAACGAGUUGGAUAUUGACUUGCCCUUGUUCAGUGACGAGAUAGAAGUGGCACCCCAGGAGUCCCCCAGUGCCAUAGGACCCCAGCACACCCUGAAGAAUGCCAGACCAGCUACCUCCCAGUGCCAAAUGUCAAGACAGGAAGCCAGGCAUUCAGUUACAUCCCUGAGGACGCCCUUUUUGAGACUAAUGGCAUCCCGGCCCCCCCACGCUUGGCACUCAUGGCCCCAGAGUAUAAUGGCACUCCCCCACUCAAAGAUCUUUCAUUGGAGCCAAAACUGGUGACUGGGGAGCAGUGGUGAUGUUCUGUGUGGCACUGUAGGUGAUAAGGUGCCAUUUACACUUCUUGGCACAGUACCUGCAGCUCAGAAGUUAGUGCCAUGUGAAAAUAGUGCCUUGUUUCCCUCUGGCACUGAAAUUAUAGGGCAAAAGUUAGUGCCAAAUGAAAUUACAGACUCUUUUCCUCAUGGCACUGUAUCUGUAGAGCCAAAAAUAGUGCCAGAUGCAGCCAAUGGUUCCCCUAUCCUCUAUGGCACUCAGGUAUUAGAUCCAAAGGUGCCAGAUCAGGCCAGGAGUGCCUCUGUACCAGUGCCAAAACUAAACACUGCCGUAAUGAACUAUGGCACUCAGAAUGUUGACACAAUGGCCACAGUGCCAGAUAGGACCACUACCACCUCUGUCCCAUGUGGCAUCCAGACUUCAAACCCCAAAAUAGGACAGGAGAGUGCCGGAAUGUGCCACUCUGCAGCUUAUGGCACUGUCACCAUCAACACGUCGCUGAUACAAGGCCCGGAGAGUGCCAGUGGUGCUGCCCAUACCACACAAACACACACCACAAACACCACAAAGAAACGGAUUAGAAAACGGAAGAAACCAGAGGAAAUGGUGAAAAAAACAAGAAAAUAUGAACAGGGACCUCUCAGCGAUCACCUGGAGGAGAGGAAACGCCUGGACGCCAUCAGGGCCAAGAGGUGCCGUGAGAGGAACAGAAACGACGUCAUGGCACUGAAGGAGAAGCUGGCACUGGUGGAGGAGGAGAAGGGUGCCAUGGCGAAGGAAAUAGCACAACGGGAGGCUUACGAGGGGGUCCUUCGGAAACUGUUGUGGGAGAAGACUGGUAUUGCUGUACUUCCCUAUGCCUCCCCCUCCCCCUCCCCCUCCUCCUCCUCCAGCAAUAAGAUGGCACUACCUCAGCUGCAGACCACUGGAUGAACACACACACACACACUAUCCCAAGAUUGGAAAUAAUGAGCUCUGAGCUCGUUCCGUAGGGUAACGUCUGGCUGUCUCGUCAGAGACUGCAGCAGAUCAAACAGUGAAUUACACACACACACACACACACACACACACACACACACACACACACACACACACACACACACACACACACACCGCGUAGUGUAAUGGUUAGCACGCUCGACUCACAAUCGAGUGUGCGGGUUGAGUCCAGGGGGUGGUGAGGCAAAUGGGCAAGCCUCUUAAUAUGUAGGGUGUGUUCACCUAGCAGAAAAUAGAUAGCUAUGGGAUGUGACUUGAGGGGUUGUGGCCUCGCUUUCCUGGUGUGUGGAGUGUGGUGUGGUCUCAGUUGGUCUAUGAACUCUGAGCUCGCACCGUAAUGGGGAAAACUUGCUGGGUGAUCAACAGGCAACCAUAGUGAAUUACACACACACACACACACACACACACACACACACACACACACACACACACACACACACACACACAC